CGCAGGCGAGCGGGGAUCGGCGUCGGAAGCGACUUCCCCGGGGCCGGAGCCCGAGCCAGGCUCCCGGUCAGGUGCAGCCCCCCUGUCUCGGGUGCAGCCCCCCCCCCUCGCCCCGCGGGUCUAGGGAGGAGCCCGGGAGUCGGAUGCACUUUAGGGGGCGGCGGCGGGGCCAGCCAGCAAACACGAACCCCCCCCCCCCCGCCCCUUCCAGCGGUGCAAGGAGGUGGCGGCUGCUUGGAAAGUCUCGCACCGCCAUGGAGCUGUCCACACUGCCCGGGCCUGAAGCCGACGCCGAAUUCUCCUCCAACGGCAGCCGCCUGCGCGACGCGCCCUGGGGUCCCUGCCCCAACCAGAGCUUCAACCCCACGGGGCUGCCCGCGGCCAAGGACCCCACCUCCAUCGCCAUCGCCAUCGCCAUCACCGCCCUCUACUCCGUGGUGUGCGUGGUGGGGCUGCUGGGGAACAUCCUGGUCAUGUACGGCAUCGUCAGAUACACCAAGAUGAAAACGGCUACCAACAUUUACAUCUUCAACCUGGCCCUUGCAGAUGCCCUGGCGACGAGCACGCUGCCCUUCCAGAGUGCCAAAUACCUGAUGGAGACCUGGCCCUUCGGGGAGCUGCUCUGCAAGGUGGUCCUCUCCAUCGAUUACUACAACAUGUUCACCAGCAUUUUCACACUGACCAUGAUGAGCGUGGAUCGCUACAUUGCCGUGUGCCACCCGGUCAAGGCUCUGGACUUCCGCACCCCAGCCAAAGCCAAGAUCAUCAACGUCUGCAUCUGGGUCCUCUCCUCUGUGAUUGGCGUGCCCAUCAUGAUCUUGGCUGUGACCAAGUCAAAAGAUGGGAUCGUGCUCUGCAUGCUCCAAUUCCCCGAUCCUGCCGUGUACUGGGACACGGUGACCAAGAUCUGCGUGUUCAUCUUCGCCUUCAUGGUGCCCAUCCUGGUCAUCACCAUCUGCUACGGGCUCAUGAUCCUACGCCUCAAGAGUGUCCGCCUCCUCUCGGGCUCCAAGGAGAAGGACCGCAAUCUGCGUCGCAUCACCCGCAUGGUGCUGGUCGUGGUAGCAGCCUUCAUCAUCUGCUGGACGCCCAUCCACAUCUUCGUCAUCGUCUGGACGCUGGUGGACAUAGAUAAGAAGAACCCCUACGUGGUGGCCAGCUUGCACUUCUGCAUUGCCCUGGGUUACACCAACAGCAGCCUCAACCCUGUCCUCUACGCCUUCCUGGAUGAGAACUUCAAGAGGUGCUUCCGGGAAUUCUGCCUGCCCUUCCGGUCCCGGAUCGAGCAAAACAGCUUCUCCCGGGCAAGAAACACCACCCGGGAGCGCGUCUCCACCUACCCUUCCGAAGCCCUCAAUAAGCCAGCAUGACUAGACAUGGACAGCCACCAGCGGGCUCCCGUGGCCACAGAGGGGAGGAACUAUUCUCGGAGGUGACUCAGGUCACCACCACGGAAUUCUAGUGGAGGUGGCUGGAGGCGAUGUGGGCGGGUGGGGAGGGGCUCAUCAAGGACUCUUUAAAAAAAAAAAAAUUUGCAAAUGCUUGAUUUUCCAUGAAGACACCAGGGUGAUGGGGAAUUGGGCAGGGGGCGGGAGGAUCACAAAGCAACAGAUCCCUGGCUGAACAUUUCUAAGAAACUGCAGAAAAACAGACCGCGGCAUCGGAUGGGCAAUGAGGAGGAUCCACAGGCUGCAAAACACGUCGUCAGAUGACCACCAAAACUGCACCACAAGGCAGCCUGGAGAUGGACAGGCCCCGCCAUCAGGAUGGGGGAACCUGCCGCUGCUUUCGUGGGGGUGGGGCCGCUUCUUUAACUCUCAGCGGAUUGUAAAAGCUCAGGCGCCCUUCAACCCCGGUUGGCGCGAUGCAAAUUGCAAAGCUGCAACCUGUGAAGUGUUGUGCCAUUCAAGCGAUGGGUUUUGUUCCCCGAUGCUGGCACCGGUGGCGAGAAACCUCAGCUCGCAGAUGGGCAAGCUGCUGUGCCAAAGCGCAUCAUGCUCUGGGACCCAUGCAAGGUAGAACUGGGGUUCGCCAACAGCCCAAGGCCUCUGGGGAGGAGCCCUGCGCUUUCUUUGUGCCCGUUCUGACCUUGCACACAGCAGGCCCCGGCGGAUCCUGCUGACCCUUUGCUGCUGCCCUCUGGGAUGGCUGCUCAGGACCCCCCUCGUAGGAGAGCAGAGCACACACUGACUGCCAUGUCUUGUACAUAUGUACAUUCCAACAGCCCACCUGUCCAGAGCGGCCUGGGACGUGUGGCUACUUGUCUCAUGUGCCCGCUUCAUUCCUUUCGUCGCAUUGUUAUUGCUCUGUACAGCCUUAUGCAAUGCAAAGCGGGAUCUAUAGGAGUCAGCCAACUCCCCUGCCUUACCCCGGGCCACGGAGCUCGGAGCGUCACGGACACUCGUGGAAGGAGUGCCAGGAUCUGCCCGGUGAGGAAUGCACCCCCGCCGCCCCUCGCAGAGAGGCACCCGUUGUGCGUUAAGUGUCACAGUAGGAACUGGGAUUGUAGCUGUGCACCAGCAGCGGGAGGGUGACUGCGCUGGUAGAGGGGACCCUCCUCUGCCUGUCUCGGGGCAGGUUAAUCACUGAAGUUAAAGAUCCUUCCAGGACUUUCUAAAAGAGAUCUGGGAUCCCUGCCAUACCUCCCGCUCUUCUCACUUAGGGCCUUUGCCAAACCACAGUCAAGUCAAUGCGAGUCUUUCCCAGGACUUCAGUGGGGUUUGGAUCAGCCCUUAAGUGGGCUAGAGGGGCCCACAUUGUGGAGAGUCAUUGGUAGGCACACAGUGGGUCUCACAUUUGCCUGCCGCAGCAGUCUCAGGGCCCAACUCUCCAACCUGGGCCCAGAAGCUAGGGCUCCCACUUGCUCAAGUGGGCAUUCACGGGCCCUGGUACUAUCCCAGGCGAUGACAUGCUGAUCGGCGCAUCCACAUGCAGAAACUAGGGGUCUCAUAGUAGUUUGCAAAAUCGGGUUUCUGAUAUCUUGCAAAGUGCAUUGAGAUACUCUGAGCAUGACAGGCACCACCUUAAAUCCAGCUCCUUCUAUGCUCUCUGUGUACAUAUGCACAUUGGAAUACCAGACACGGGCUCUGUUGUUAUUUUUUUUAUUUCAGUGGCAUCUAAAUGCCUUAUCUAGGUCAUGGCCCCCAUGUGUUUGGUGCUAUAUGUUGUGCUCAAGCCACUGAAUUCAAACCCAGGGCCAAAUCUCAAACAUGCUAGCAAUCGGACGCAGGAUUUUCAUUCUCCCGGUUCUAAGAUUAUCUGCAUGAUUCCAGGUGGGAGCCCUGUUAGGAGUUCAUACAGCUGGACAGCGUGUUGGGACUUGAGCUUCUGGGCCAAGCUCAGGUCUGGUUAACAGAUAAACCUGCAGAACUGGUCAGCCUGGUGGGGAAUGGGCUGUGAUGAUUUGAUGGGGAGGAAAAGUGCAGGCACGUAGCAAUGAGCAGAGCUGAUCCAGGCCAGAGGCAGGCCAGGGGCUGCACCAACACUGUGGGCUGGAUUCGGCUUGCGGCUACACUGGUAUAAAUCCAACAAAGUCAACAGAGUUGUACCGGACUCACACUGGAGUAAAACAGUCCUGGGGAUCUGUGUCCUCUGUCCACAAAACAGGUCACACUGCAAGCUCCCUGCCUGCCAAUGUGCCUUGACUCUCAUCGGGGGGGGGCACACUCCUUUCAGGGGUGAAAGGGGCUCUGUCUCCUUAGCCCAUUCAAUGCCAAGGCAUUGCUGCUGGGAGGGCUCCCAAGGAGACCCAUCAGUGCCAGUAGAAGCGGUGGGUUUUGUGAUGUGUCGACCUGCCUGCUGGGAGCUGGGCGGACCUGAUCCCACUCAUUUCACACCAGCCUGGGGACACUUAUUAGAGAGAAGCUACUUGUGGUCAUUAGCUGUUUUGGAUUGCAAACCUACAGGUGAAAGGCUCUUCAUCAUAAAAACAGACACACAUAUGUGUGUGUGUGUCUGUGUGUGCGUGUGAGAGAGAGAGAGAGACUUACGUAUACAUGUGUGUUGCUUAGUAGACAUUGGCCUUUUACUACAAAUUAAGAAUAGUUCUGGCAACCUAGGUGUGAUGCAUAACACAGAGGGCUGUCCACUGCAGCUGGUCCUAUUACUAUUAUGACCACAGCACCUACCUGCCCCAUCUGAGCUCAGGGCUCCAUUGUGCUAGGUGCUGCACACACCCCCAGGAAGAGAUCGCCCAACUCCAAAGACCUCAUAGUCUAAAUAAACAAGACUGACGAACGAGGCACUAUUUUUCCGGUUUCACUAAUGACAUGCAGGGAGUCUGCAAUAAGAAAUGAUCCCCGAUCAGCUGAGCCUUACACCACAAGACUGUCCAUCCUCCUUAACGCUGGCCCCACUUUCUCUCUCACUAUCCAUUCGAGAUGGCUGCACUACGCCUGCAAUGAACCAUUCCGUUCAGUGGGAAGGUGCCAGUUCAGCUGUGCAUCUGGAGCUGAGCUCUGCGGUUCAGGCCAGUCUCCACUAUGUCUGUAAAAUCUGAGUGGCUUGUCCAAUACAUUAUGCACCAUAGGCUUAUUUUCCCCCAAGGGACAAGAGCUACCCAUUCUUUCUAUAUUUCAGCAUGUAAAGGUUAAUGAAGCAGCCUUAGACAACUUUCCUAAGCUGCAUAAUUCUUAAUUUAGUUUCAUAAUAAGAGAGACUUGACAGUAAUAAUACUCUGUGCUUCUAGAUAAGAACCUUGGUAGUAUUUGCAAACAGGAAUUAAUUACCCCUGCUGGGAGAGAGGCGCAUGAUCCCUUUUCAACUGUUUGGGGAAACUGAGGCAAAGAGGCAGAAUGAUUUGCUUAUGUUCACGCAGGAAGUCUGUGACACAGCUCGGAGUUCAACCCAGAUUCAGUAGCAUGUGCUUUAACCACUGAACCCUCCUAUCUCUCUUCCCAUACUUAUAAAAUUGAAAUGAAAUGUAUUCCUGCACACACACAAGUAUACAUAUAUAUAAACAACUCAGAUUCCUUACCACUAGGAAACACUUAGCUUACAGACCAAGGCAACUAUGCAAAGAUUAAAUCCUUCCAUCUUUGCCCUUUAUCUUUGCACAGAUCUACCCCAGGCAUGGGCUCAGACCCAAUAACUAGACAAGCACUCGGGAUCCCACCUGAGCACCCUAUUAUUAUGUGUAACAACAAGAUGGCAAGCCGCAAGCCCUGACUGAGUAACGUGAUCCAUCUCCUUCCACAAUCCAGUCAGAUCCAGCCACCCGGCUGGAGCCUUGAAACUCAAUUGGUUAAAGAUCAGACACGGGAUGCCAAGAGUGAAAAGUACCAGCUCAGCCCAGAGCAGAAGAGAUGCAGCAAUGGGCGUAUCCUCCUGAGGCCUGAGUCUCCACUGCCAUGCAUCCCAUGCCAAUAUUUAUGCUAGGGCAAAUUGAGAGUAAAAUGCUACCAGCAGCAUCUUACAUCCAUGUGGCCAGGUGCAGGUCAAUGGAGAAUCAGUCCUCUAGUGGCCGUUAACUGCAGCAAGAUUCAUUACAGAAACAAUUAAUGAGGCCUUCAGGUUUCCCUGUUAGAGUUAAAACAGUUGGUAUGGAUUAGCACUGCCACAAUACUCUGCAGUCUCUCACCAAGCAGCUGAAUCCGGUUGCCUUAGUCAGUCCCAAAAGGAAUGGAGAGGAUUUAUAAAACGGUAAUUAACAAAUGAGAGAAUCUGGUUGAUGAGUUUCAUAAUAGCAGCCGUGUUAGUCUGUAUUCGCAAAAAGAAAAGGAGGACUUGUGGCACCUUAGAGACUAACAAAUUUAUUAGAGCUUAAGCUUUUGUGAGCUACAGCUCACU